AUGUCGGGCACACUGUUCUCUUUUUGUGUUCUGGCCGAUUCCUUCUGGCCUCAGGAUGUUCUGGCCUCAGGAUGGCAGGUUGCUUCUCCAUCGCACCUUCUCCAUCGGCGGGCGGUAUCCGAGAUGCAAAAGCCAGUGGUGCCUGCCUGGUCGCUCCGCCCUCAUUUGGGCGAACGUCCCACCGUCUUUUUGGAUGCCAACAGGGAAGCUGCUGGUCUAGGGUAUUUUUGA